CAGUUUAGCGUCUCCGCUCCGAUCCGUGCAUUUGUACACGGUGCAUACUGGGCAUGGGGCGGCCCUUCUCGCAGGCACAUCUUGAGACCGUGAUGUUACCCAAUCCAGAACUUAUUUUGUGAGAGCAGGACACUACACUGGUUUCACACGCGCUUAGAUAACAUCAGUAACAGUUCCUUGAAAUGCUUUGCCGCAUGUGUGUGCGAUGUUGAGUUUCGUUCCCAUUGUAUCAGUGCAGUUCUGAAACUCGCCUUCAAGCUCUAGUCGAGUCCGGUUCUUCCGAACUGGAAUACUCUAUGUUGACAAGCCCACAGGUUAUUUAGCUGCCAUUCAAAAUAGCGUUGGAGAGGGUGGGGAAGAAGUACGAGAAGUACGGAAAUGGAGUUCGUUAGAAAUUUAGACAAGUCAAUGUUGGAGUUGGAGGACAGUUAUUACGAUUACUAUCGACUGCGCGAGUGGACUAUUGGCGCCACAUACUACAUGGUGACGAUCUCUAUGAUCUAUGUCGCCCUAAUUCAUUGGGGUGUCAGCCAAAUGGAGAAGCGCACCAAGUACAAUCUGCGCGGGACGCUGGUCUGCUGGAACGCAGCCCUAGCCUUCUAUAGCAUGUUCUCUCUGUAUCGUUUCACUCUGGCCCUGAUGAGGCAUGACAGUGUUGGGGAGGCGGUGUGCGAUGCCACAUACAUGCACAGCUCCGGUGGACUGUGGUCGUUCCUGUUUAUGAUGUCCAAGUUUGUCGAGUUUGGCGACACGUUCUUCAUUGUGCUGAAAAAGAAGAAGCUGAUAUUCCUGCACUGGUUUCACCACGUCACCGUGUUGUGGUUCUGCUGGUUUAGCUUCAUCAAUCCGCAUGGCCCUGCUCGUGUCUUUGGCGUUAUCAACAUGAUCAUCCACUUCAUCAUGUACACGUACUACGGCGUGUCUGCAUCCGGUCUCUACAAGCCGCCAAAGUGGAUCAACAUCUCUAUCACCACACUGCAGCUUUCACAAAUGGUUACUGGAAUUAGCACCACCAGCUGGGCGUACUAUCAACAGCGCUCCGGUGAGGACUGCCCGAUGUCCGACAUGCAGUUCUCGGUAUCAAUGGCAAUGUAUGCCAGCUACACGGUCCUGUUCGGCAACUUCUUCUACAAGACUUACAUAGCAUCUUCUAAGAGCGGCAAAGCAUCUAAAGCCGAGUAGUCUGCUGCUGCUGCUGCUGCUGCUGCUGGGUAGAGUACUGGUAUCAUACCACUCAUUUCUCUCUGGUUACAUUGCCAGUCUGUGCUUCCACCAUGCCCUAUACCUUAGGAUUAUUAGCUUGUCAAAUUUCCAAUUUUUAAUUUUAAAACUAGUCUUGUCAAAUUUUGCCAAAUUUCUACGUUCUAAAUUAUUUAGACUCGGAUGGAGAGCCAAAGUAAUUGGUGGUGUUAGUGGAUAAUUACAGCGUAACUUGUUGGUCCUUUUUCUUCUAAAUUAUUUGCAUGUGAUUUAAGCAUAGACCCAGUCAUGCAGUUCAUAUUUUACUGGUCAGAAUUCAAAGUAGCAUUCUAAUUGGGAUUACUCAUUGGUUACUCAUAGUCCCAUUUCAAAGAACAACUUUCAGAAAUUGCUGCUUUUAGAUUGUUGA